GAGUUUCUUCAGGGUUGUUUCCCGGAGAGAGAAAACAGGAGGUGACUGAGGAGGAAACCGGUUCCGAGGAAUCACCACCGGGACAAGAGCAAUGAGCGAGGCGGAGAGUGGUUCCCCUAAUCCCGGGGAAAAGAAAGUCCUCGCUAAAGGCGUUCUUGGUACGGUGAAGUGGUUUAAUGUCCGAAAUUGCUAUGGAUUCAUUACAAGGCAUGACACACAACAGGAUGUAUUUGUUCACCAGACUGCCAUCACCAGAAACAAUCCCCGCAAGUACCUACGAAGUGUUGGGAAUGGAGAGAUUGUGGAGUUUGAUGUCGUCGAGGGAGCCAAGGCAGAGCUCCAGUUUAGAGGCCCGGACAACAAAGAUGUCACUAAGAAUCAGUCUUCUGAGCCUUUGCUACUUUCCAUAGAAAAGGAGAGCAUGCUUUCCUGGGUCACGGGACAAAGUACACAAUACUCCAGGUGUGGUCUCACCAAGACUGUUGAGGCUGCAAAUGUGACUGGCCCAGGAGGUGUUCCAGUCAAAGGCAGUCCUUAUGCCCCAAACCGUCGUCGGUUCCGCAGAGGCUUUAUGAGACGUCAGGCUCGUGUGGAUCAGGGUGGCCAAACAGUGACAGGUGAGCCAACAGAACCUUCAGCUGAGAAGGAGGAGGGCUCAAUGGAAACUGUUAAUGGGCAGCAACAGCCCCUCGAACAGCGUCGGCGACCCCCACUUCCCUAUUUCAACCGAAAUCGGUUUCGGCGGCGACCUAGAGCCCAGACCUCUCCCCAAGAUGGAGAGGGGCAGCCAGUUGGAGGUGAUGGAGUUUCUGCUAACCAAGAGCCAGUGUCAGAUUCUGGUCGGGUCCAAUCUCAACAGCAAGGUCAACAAAGGACACCCAGAAAUAGACCCCGAUCCCAAUUCCGCAGGCGACCUUUCCGUCCACGCCCACCACCUCAGGAGGUGUCAGGUGACCUGGAUGAGAACAAGGAGCCCACGACUGACCAGCCACAGCCUGCACGCCAGCGUUUCCGUCGUUCGUUCUUCCGCCGCAGGGAAAGAGCUCUUGCCCAGGCUCCUGUGGCACAAGAGCCAGCUGCUGCUGAGGAACAGAAGGAUAAUCCCACUGACAGUUCUGUCUCGGUGACCUUAAUUGAAGGAGCUUCAGAGACUGUACCUGUUCCUGUUCCUGUUCCUGUACCUGCACCUGUUCCAGUCCAAGAUCCAGUCCUGGCUGUUCCAGAAAUACCAGUGACCAAAGAACUUCCCAUUUCAACAGAGACUGCCUCCAUAGUAGUGACCACAGAACCACAAAAUGUCAUGACCCAGGAGUCUGCAGUAACCCAACUGCUCGAUAGAACAGAAGAACCAGUGCCAGACCAGCUUGGCAUAGCUCCCAGUAUUAAAGCAGAUCAGGAGAAAAGCCAGGCCUGAACUGAAGGUGCCUGGUUUAAAAUGGUUUUCUAACUGCACUUGAAGCUCUCGAUUGUGGGCACAAGGUGGGACAAACCUGGACUGCCCUAAAUGUAUGUUGUGACCCUGACUUUUGGGAUUUUCUUUUUGAUUAGGAGCGCUUGGAUUUAGUUUUUCCCCUUCCCUUUGGAAGACUUUGUACAUGUGACAUUUGUCCUGGACACUCUGUUCUGCACAGUUUACAUGAUUUGGGUUUACUUUCUCAUGUGCUGGUUUAGGGUGAUGUGCAAUAAUAAAACUGCUUGCUAAAGAUCA